GCCCUGAGAGUUGUCAAGGUUUUGAUUGUGGAGUAUCCGAGACGCGAGCAAGGGCGGCUACGGUUACACAAUGCCGAAUAAAACGAAAAAAGACAAGGAGACUCCUAAGUCUGGCAAAGUGGGCAAGAGUGGAGGACAAGAGAAUUCAGAGCAUGAGAGCUCUAACAGGAAGGCUAGCAAUAGUGUUCCUCCCACCACUCAGCUGCUAAAGGGGAAGCAGCCAGGUUCCCAGACACCUGUCAAAAAGGACAAGAGACAGAGCUCCUCUCGCUUCAGCUUGAGCAACAACAGGGAGCUGCAGAAACUGCCUGCUUUUAAAGAUGUUCCCCCUGCAGAGCAGGAGAAGCUGUUCAUCCAGAAGUUGCGGCAGUGCUGCGUCCUCUUCGAUUUUGUUUCAGACCCACUGAGUGAUCUGAAAUGGAAGGAGGUGAAACGGGCGGCGCUAAGCGAGAUGGUGGAGUACAUCACCCACAACAGGAACGUCAUCACAGAACCAAUCUACCCAGAGGUGGUUCACAUGUUUUCUGUGAAUAUGUUUAGGACGUUACCGCCAUCAUCCAACCCCACGGGUGCCGAGUUUGACCCGGAGGAAGAUGAGCCUACGCUAGAGGCAGCGUGGCCACAUCUACAGCUCGUCUAUGAGUUCUUCCUACGGUUUUUAGAGUCUCCUGACUUUCAACCAAACAUAGCCAAAAAGUAUAUUGACCAGAAGUUUGUAAUGCAGCUCUUAGAUCUGUUUGACAGUGAAGACCCCAGGGAAAGAGAUUUUUUAAAGACCACUCUUCAUCGCAUCUAUGGCAAGUUCCUGGGCCUGCGAGCGUACAUUAGGAAACAGAUUAAUAACAUAUUUUAUAGGUUCAUUUAUGAGACUGAACAUCAUAAUGGAAUAGCAGAAUUACUGGAAAUAUUAGGCAGCAUAAUCAAUGGAUUCGCAUUACCAUUGAAAGAAGAGCACAAGAUAUUCCUGCUUAAAGUUCUGCUGCCAUUACACAAAGUCAAGUCUCUUAGUGUAUAUCACCCACAGCUGGCCUACUGUGUGGUACAGUUCUUAGAGAAGGAUAGCACCCUCACAGAACCGACAGUGAUGGCUUUGUUAAAGUAUUGGCCAAAAACCCACAGUCCAAAAGAGGUGAUGUUCCUCAAUGAGCUGGAGGAGAUCCUGGAUGUCAUUGAGCCUUCGGAGUUUGUCAAAGUCAUGGAGCCCCUCUUCAGACAGUUGGCCAAGUGUGUGUCCAGCCCACACUUUCAGGUGGCAGAACGAGCUCUGUACUACUGGAACAAUGAGUACAUCAUGAGUUUGAUCAGUGACAACGCCGCCAAGAUCCUGCCCAUCAUGUUCCCAUCCCUCUACCGCAACUCCAAGACCCACUGGAACAAGACGAUCCACGGGUUGAUCUACAAUGCUCUGAAACUCUUCAUGGAGAUGAACCAGAAACUGUUUGAUGAUUGCACCCAACAGUUCAGGGCAGAGAAAAGCAAAGAGAAAGCCAAAUGGAAAGAGAGAGAAGAAGCAUGGCUGAAGAUUGAGAAUCUUGCAAAGUCAAACCCACAGUUUCUGAUGUACAUUGACUCGGUAGGCUCAGACAGUCCCAUGGACAUGGAGACAGAUGGACCACUGCUAGAUGAUGUCAACAUGCUAAAGAAAACAGUAGUGGAGGAAGCCACACAGAUCCAAAAAGAUCAGCGUAGAGAGCGCCCACUGAUGCGGAGGAAAUCAGAACUCCCCAAGGACAUCUGCACAGUCACAGCCUUGGAGCUGCACCGGAGAGCCGAGGAAAUGCUGACGACGCACGACGGCCACUAAGAGACCACCCCGGACCCACCGUAAACCAGCAGCAUCCACAGAGGAACCACAGGCCCACAGAGGCCAGCACAGCAACAAAUCUCUGGUAUCUCAGUCCAGCCCAGCACAACACAGAACUGAACAGUCCCAACUCCUGACACAGAAAAUGUAACGUGCCCUGAACUUCACCCAAGAUACUGUAGUGUCGUUAUGUCUUUUUCCUCCCUCGCUUUUCUCUUUUGCUGUCCUCGCAAGUCGUGUUUUUUCGGGGUGCUUUGCUGCCCCCUUCUGGUCAUUUCUCUCAGGUGUUCUGUUCUGUGUGUGCGUGCGUGUGUGUGUGUGCGUGUGUGUGAGAGCUGUGAGAGCUGUCUUCUCUUCUUGCCUCUUCUUUAUAGAUGUCAGGUGCUUGUACAAAUAUGAGGCCCCUCCCAACUGUAAUUUCCACAGAGGACUACUCCGGUUUCAUUUUGAGUUGAUGAGAAAAUGUCAGUUGUUUCUAUAUAUUUAAUAUUAGCUAUUUUUUUCUCAUAACAUUUAAAAAAGACAGCUGUUUAUAUUUUUUCCUACAUAUUAUAUUAGGAGCUCCUCUCAAAGUCAGACACGCUUCCUAUCCGUAUAACCGUUCUGUUUGGAGCUUGCUAUUUUUUCUCAGCUCAUUUUCCAUUCGCUGUGAAGAUCCAUUGAUCUUUCUGCUAAUCAGGACAGGGUCAUCUAGGUCUCCCAGUAGAGUGUGUCUCUAUUAAAAGCAUUACAUCACAGUUCUGUUAGUCAAACAGUGCUGGCCUGACAGACGUCAACCAGGUUCCAGGUUUUCCACCUAACAGUUCUUUGUUUCUGUGUAGAAGCCUAGUUUGGUGCCAACUUCUCUCAUUAAUUUAGUUUUACUAAUUAGAAAUUUGUAGGCAAUAAGUUAACACGGGUUGCAUUGUGUGUCGGCAGCUCAAACAAUGGUCAGAUAGUUUUGUUAUUACAUGUUUAGAGUCCAGCCCGGCUUGCUGCGCUGGUUAUAUGAGAGGGGGAUUGUGGGAUUUAUUUUUGGUUGCCCCGUUCAGAUCCAGCCAAUGUAGGAGUGUGUUUAACAUGGUCAUUAGCAUUCAGUACAAGUCGCUGUCAUUCAUGUGAGACUUAUGAGAGGUCAGAGAGAUGUUGUUGCUCGCCUGGGAUUUACACAAUGUUGCUGCGGGUUGAGAGAAGUCGAACAGGGGGCAGAAACUGUGCUGAUAGUGAUCGCUUUUUCUACUCUUCUCAAGCAAGACCCUUUUAUUUAUAAAACACUCGUUCGAGAUUAGACUGCUUCACAGAUGAGGUAUGUUUGGUUUGAAGAGGUCAAACAUAAGCCUUUCUUUUCACAGUGCCUUUUAUAGUCUAAGGGGAUAUUUGCUCAACUGAGAAUCGAGUAGUAGCAUGAACUAAAACGCCAGGUCAGUUUAACAAAAUGAAAUAAAAUGUAACAUUGGUUUCCAAAAACAGAUGCGUUCAAGUCCAUACUUGUCACACUUCCAGCCGCUUGGACUCCUGCGCAUGCCUUGUUGAAGCUACAAAGUCUUUUGUAGUUCUAAGCUAUAGAGGAGAAACAGAGUGGUCGCCCCCAAACCACUUCAGCGAUGAAGCACUUCCUGAUAAAACUUGAAAGAAAAAAGAAACACAACUGAAAAAAAAAAAACAACAACUAGUAAAGAAUUGAAAUCCGUGAUGCUGUCUGUCUUGGUGUGUGGGGAUCACCUCCCCUGGGUGCCUGUCGAUGAGAGCACAGGAGAGGAAAUCACCUCCCAUCGUGACUUUUCCAUUCUGUGCCCCCACUGUCCCAUUCUAGUUAGGAUUUGUACCAUUGUUUGACCCCUUCUGCCCAAACAUGCACACUGGCUGUAACCCUCCGCCCUUUCAGUGAAAAGCUACUACCCUGUAGGGCUUGUUAUUUGGACAUCUGUUUGAUCUGCUUCUGGAUGCUUGCAAGUUCUUUUUGUUUGUGGUUUUUACUCUUCCUUUGCCUGCAGAACCUCCUUGUCAGUGUUUCUACUGAAUGUGCAAAUUGUAAAUAAUACUGCAGUAACGUUGUUUGGUUCUCUCCAUGUUUGUCUUGAAGAGCAACAUUCACCAAAGGCUUUCACAAAAAGAAAACAACCUCAUCCCCUUCUUACCCCGGGUAAUGCAGUGAAUUUGAUGAAAGGAAUGUGAUUCCAUCCCUUCAGUUUCUUGCAUCCUCUGACUGUUGGCCGUCAUGCAGGAGUUCCCCAUUGGUGACUGUUGUUCUUCUUGAAAUGGCUUUAAUAUUGGCUUCUUUGGAGCUCUCUUCAUUUUAGAUAAGCUUUGUUUUCUUUUUCUUUAAAAAGAAUGAAGUGUCCUUUAGUAUAUAUCUCAUACUAAAUGGCUUCAUCUAAUAUUGUACAUAUAAUGUACUUUUAUUUUAUGUUAUAACUAUUAUUAAAUGGUAGAUUUCAUAUUUUGUAGAAAAUACCCAAUGUACAGAAUGCAGAGGUUAUUAGCAACUGCUGACAGUUGGUAUGUGGCACAGACUUCAACACAUGUGACUAUUUACAUUUAGAAACCGUAUAGAAUUUGGAUAGUUUUUUAUCUAUUUGUAAUCCAACAUCUUCUCCGUUUUUUGUUUUUCAUCUCCAGACAUGUGUUGAGAUUCUACAUACAUGAGCUUUUUGUGUGUGCUUUUAUCCAAAUCUCCAGUGGUGUACAUCUAUCUAUAUACAGCAAAUAAAGAGAACAUGUGAGUUUUAUAUUUUCAUCCUAAAAAAAACAA